CACAUGUUCACUCCGUCUGACAGUAUGUAGUGGGUGUGUCUUUGUUUUGAUAGCUAUAUUCAAGCAGCAUUCUUCCGUGUUUUACUGUGGCCACCGACUGCACAGGAUACAAGGUCUCUGUAAAGGAAUAACUACCUUGAUUGUGUUACGUUCUGAACUGACAUGAUGGUGAACUGCUGUGGUCUACUUAAUACCAACAAUGAGCCAGUUCCCCUGAAGAGCAUUGAGGUGGAGCUGGAGGUGAGGGACCAUGUGGCGACAGUGGUCUCCACUCUGAACUACGAGAACAAGGAGGACAAACCUCUGGAGGCUGUUUUCGUCUUCCCUCUGCCUGGAGACGCUGCUGUCUGUCACUUCAGUGCUCAGAUUGGACAGACACAGAUUGUAGCUGAGGUGAAGGAGAAACAGAAGGCUCGUGAGGAGUAUGAUGAUGCGCUGAGCUCCGGUCAGCAGGCCUUCCUGUUGGAGGAGAGCGAGCAGAGUCCAGAUAUAUUCACUCUGAGUGUGGGCAGUCUGCCUCCAGGAGAGAGCGCCUCCAUCAGGCUGGAGUACGUCAUUGAGCUGGCUGUGCAGGCGGAUGACGGGCUGAGGUUUUGUCUGCCUGCUGUGCUCAACCCUCGCUAUGAACCUCAGGGUUCUGAAGGUGCUGGUGUGCAGGUGACCUCUGUUCCAGCCUCUCUGGUUCCCUACAGUCUGUCGUUUUCUGUCCGAGUGUCGUCUCCUCGUCCAAUCUCCAAAGUGGAGUCCAGCUGCUCUCUGGAGCCUCUCCAGUACGUCAACACAGAGCAGACCCAGGCCACGGUCAAGUUGGCUGCAGGACACAAGUUUGACACAGAUGUUGAGCUGCUGAUUUAUUACAGAGAUGCUCACAAGCCCACUGCUGUGGUGGAGGCAGGACAGGAGUCUGCCAAACCAGGGAGUCUGAUGGGCGAUCCAGUCCUGAUGCUGAGCCUGUACCCUGAGUUCCCCCAGUCUGUGAUGUCUUCACUCGCCUCACGUGGAGAGUUUGUGCUCCUACUGGAUCGAUCUGGGAGUAUGGGUUGUCCAACGAGUAAUGGCAAGCAGCAAGAAACUCGAAUUGCCAGUGCCAGGGAUACUCUACUGCUCCUGUUGAAGAGCUUACCAAUGGGCUGCUACUUCAACAUCUACAGUUUCGGCUCCAGCUUUGAACACAUCUUCCCAAAGAGUGUGGAGUACAGUGAAAAGAACCUAGAAGAGGCUCUGAAGAAAGUCGAAUCGAUGCAGGCAAAUCUGGGAGGAACAAAGAUUCUCAAGCCCCUCACACAUAUUUUAAGCCAGACCUGCAUUUCUAAUCAACCUAGACAAGUUUUUGUCUUCACUGACGGAGAAGUGUCAAACACCAAAGAAGUGAUCAAUCUGGUUAAGAAGAAUUCAGGUUCCCACAGGUGUUUCUCUUUUGGGAUCGGGGAAGGGGCCAGCUCUGCUCUUAUCAAUGGGUUAGCCAAGGAAGGAGGAGGUCAUGCUCAGUUCAUCACAGGGGCUGAUAGGAUGCAACCUAAAGUGAUGCAGUCGCUGAGAUUUGCUCUGCAGCCAGCUGUGGUGGACAUCUCAGUCACAUGGGAUUUACCAACAGGAGUGUCUGUGACUGUUCUUUCGCCACCAAUCACAGCCCUUUUCCAGGGUCAAAGGUCACUGAUUUAUGCCCAACUCACCGGACAGAGUUCAGAGGCAGCAGAAGGCUGUGUGAUGGUGAAGUACAGCCUGGCAGGUCAUCUCUCUCAGAACCAGCUUCACUUCUCUCUCAAACCUCCAGAGGACAAUGGACUAACAGUCCACAGGUUGGGUGCUCGGACUCUGAUCCGCUCCCUAGAGACAGAGGAGAAAGAACACAGAGGACAGCAAGAUGGAGGAGUGAAGGAGAAGGUGGUGCAGCUCAGUGUCCAAUCAGGAGUGAGCAGCUCCUCCACGGCCUUCAUUGCCGUCAACAAAGGCAAUGGCGAGCCGAUUACAGGACCUCUAGUGCGGAGACCUGUUCCAACACCUGCUCUCAUGCAGCGACAGGGAAGUAAUUUCAGGGAGAUAACACUUUGUGCAAUGCCACUAAUGCCAGAAGUAGAGUCUGGCAGCGUGUUUAUGAACAAGAAGCUCAAAAGUAUGUGGAGACAAAAAACAUCUCCGAAGGAAAUGAUAGUUUCCAAGGGACUACAUGAGAUGUCCCUCGCCAUGUGUGAUUCCACUUUCUCAAUUCAGGAUCAUUCAAAGCAGCCACCCAGAGACCCUUUGCUGCAGCUGGUCUCCCUGCAGAAGGCGUCUGGCUGCUGGCUGCUUGAUCCGGCUCUGGCUGCUGCUGUGGGAAAGACCAACGAGGAGGUGGAGAACACAAAGCCUUCAGCUGUGAACCAGGAAGUGUGGGCCACCAUUCUUGCUCUGAUCUGGCUUCAUGGCUUCCAGAUGGAUGCUAAGCCAGAGUGGGAGCUUCUGGCUAUGAAGGCUGUGUCCUGGCUCCGUGCUCAGAAUGUACCAUCAGAGGGCAUGGAAGCUGGAAACACACUGUUGGGUUGCCAUGUGCAGAAAGACGCCAUGGGGCUCUGAGGAUUUUGUAUCUUAUAGGUGCCCAUUUUAGAGCAUUUAUUUUGUCUCAACAUUAAAGUCCUGCUUAUAUCAUGUUUACCAUUUUCAUUUGAUGCUAUGUUUCACGUGAAUGUAGCUGAGGGGUAGGGUGGUUGUCCUCCAAACAGAAGGUCGGUAGUCCAAUCCUCAAUCUUCUCCAUCUGCAUGCCAAAGUGUCCUUGGGCAAGAUACUGAACCCCUCAAAUGGCCCCUCGUAGAUGUUGAUGCACGAAUUGUAAAUCGCUUUGGAUAAAAGCGUCAGCUAAAUUUAAUGUAAUGAAUGUUACCCCUGCCAUGGAGGUUAUGUUUUCACUCCUGUCUGUUGGUUUGUUUGUUUGUAAGCAUAUUGUGCAAUAACUACUGGAAAUAUUUCAACAAAACUUGGCAGAAGCAUGUUGAAGAACCCAUUAAAUGUUGGUGUGAAUCCAGAAUCCAAAUUGCGCUUGAAGGAUAAUAAAGAUUUUUUUUUGACAACUUCAGUUAAUCACAAGCUGCACAAACCAAACAAGAGCAGCAGUAAUUUAAAUUCAUUUAAAUUAAAUUAAAUAAAUAAAAAAUGUUUUUAAACAAACAAACUGCCCCCGCAAUUCCUGCGCAGGAUGAUGUUCGCCGCAGGAUGGUGUGCGUCACACGCUGAUGUGAUGAUGUGCGCCGCAGAAUGUGCGCCGCAGGAGAUGUACAGUGCCUUGCAUAAGUAUUCACCCCCUUUGGACUUUUCUACAUUUUGUCAUGGUAUAACCACAGAUUAAAAUUUAUUUCAUCGUGAGUUUAUGUAAUGGACCAACACAAAAUAGUGCAUCAUUUGGAAGUGGGGGGAAAUAUUACAUGGAUUUCACAAUUAUUUACAAAUAAAAAUCUGAAAAGUG